AAAAGAUACUUCCUACUCUUUACCACAUUUCAACUUAAAGUCUGAUUCCCAUUAGCGAGCAGAAAAACAACUGGCAACGUUGUGGCGCGUAGGAGACGGCAUUCUGAAAGGAGGUAUACGCAGCGGAAAGCAGCCAGUUCUUGCUUCAUUGAUAAUUUGGUAUCCUGAACAAAGGUUUUUAAUAGCAUCUCGGUCCACCAUCCCCGUGAAGACGGUAGCACACUGUCCGUCUAUCCAUUAAUAUCCAAAGAAGACAGCAGCCAGUUGCAAGAAUGAAUUUUCUAGAGAAAAUCGGCGACAAAAUUUUUGAUUGCGUAUUUGCAGCACUUGGACGUAAAUUGGAUUAUCUGAUUCACUACAAAAGUAAUUUUGAUAAUCUCGAACCCCAAGUUAAGGACCUACAGGAGGCCAGAGGUAGAGUGCGACGUGAUUGUGACGUGGCUAAAAAUAAUGUACAGACAAUUGAAGCUGGUGUUCAGACAUGGCUUACCCGUUCUGAUGGGAUCAUAGCAGAGGCAGAGGAAUUCAUUAGAAAUAGCGGGCAGGCAAAGAUGACGUGCUGCAAUGGGUGGUGUCCUAACUUGAAGUCCCGUUAUCAAGUGAGCAAGAAAGCAAUUGAGAUGGGAUUGAAAGUCAAGGAAAUCAAGGACGAGGGAAAGUUCGAUAGAGUUGGCUAUCAUGAGCCUACACAAGUGGUAGGGACUGCUACAUCGAAUACAGGGUAUGAGGCCUUUGAAUCAAGAAUGCAAACAUUAACUGGAGUUCUUGAAGCGCUCAAAGAUCCUAAGAUCAAUAGGAUUGGGGUUUACGGUAUGGGAGGUGUGGGCAAAACCAUGCUAGCCAAAGAAGUUGUAAAAGAAGCUCAGAAAGACCAGUUGUUUGACAAGUACCCUUUUUUAGUUGUAUCCAAAGAUCCAGUCUUGAAAAAUAUUCAAAGGGAAAUGGCGGAGCAAUUAGAUCUAAAGCUUGAGGUGGAGAGUGAAUCUGUAAGAGGAGAUCAACUAUGUAAGCGAUUGAAACAAGAGAAGAAGACCCUUAUAAUUAUAGAUGACAUUUGGAAGCCCUUGAAAUUGGAAGAUCUUGGGAUUUCCUUUGGAGAUGAUCAGAAGGGGUGCAAAUUAUUGUUGACGUCAAGAUUUUAUAAUGUUCUGUGCAAUGAUAUGGAUACCCAAAAGCAGUUCCAAGUUGGAGUUUUAUCUGAGAAUGAAGCGAGAAACUUGUUUGAGAACAUAGUUGGUGAUUUAGCUAAAACGCCUGAAAUCCAACCAAAUAUGCUUAAAAUUGUCAAAGAAUGUUCUGGAUUACCAAUUGCCAUAACAACAGUUGCAAAUACCUUGAAAAAUGAGAAAGAUAAACAUGUUUGGGAGGAUGCAGUCAACUUGUUCAAAAUGUCUGACUCAAUAAAGAUCGAUGAAAUGGAUGAAAAGGUGUACAAGAGUAUAAAGUGGAGUUACGAGUUUUUGAAAAGUAAUGAAGCAAAGUCAUUGUGGUUGCUUUGUAGUCUACAUAGAGAGGAUUACAACAUAAAAGUAGAAGACUUGUUAAAACAUGGUGUGGGUUUGAGCUUGUUUGGUAACCUCGAUAAAAUAGAGGAUGCAAGACAUAGGGUGCACACAUUGGUUAAAAAACUCAAAGAUUCUAGCUUGUUGUUGGAAGGUGAUUACAAUGGUACAGUCAAAAUGCAUGAUGUAAUUCGUGAUGUUGCAAUUAAUAUUGCAGCUGAAGAAAGGCAGAUGUUUAUGAUAAGAAAUACUACUGACUUGCAAGAACGUUUAAAUCGUAAAGAUUCAUGUGCAAUUUCAUUGCCUCACAUUGAUGAUUGUGACUUUCCUAAAAGGUUUGAAUGUCCAAAACUUCAUUUAUUUUUUAUGUUCGAUCAAGAAGAGGCUUUGCAAAUUCCAAUCUCAUUUUUUGAAGGGUUGAAAGAGCUCAGAGUUUUAAGCAUAUCUCAAAUAUGGUUUUCUCAAACAUGGGAGACACUUCCUUCAUCACUUUUGGUACUUGAAAAACUCCAAACAUUGUGUGUAGUCGGUAACGUGAAAGAUGUAACAAUAAUUGGGGAACUGAAGAAUUUGAAAAUUCUUAGCCUUUCAUUGAAAAAUUUUGAUCAAUUACCAAAAGAAAUAGGGCAUUUAACUCACCUUCAAUUGCUAGAUUUGGAAGAAUGUUCCGAUCUUAAAGUCAUUCCACCCAGUGUGUUAUCUAAUAUGAAGAUUUUACAAGAAUUAUACCUACCGAGCACCGUUGAAUGGGAGGUUGAAGAACAAAGCACAGAAAGAAGUAAUGCUAUGGUCUCAGAAUUGGACAAUUUGUAUCACCUGAUCAUGUUACACAUACGUAUUCAGAAUUACCAGGUUUUACCAAAAGCCAUGGUUUUUGAAAGGUUGGUAAGCUAUAGAAUAGCCAUAGGCAGUUACCUGUACAGAAAAGAAAUGUUAGAAGCUUCAAGAAUUUUAAAGCUCAAUAUAAGCCUUCAAUCUGACGAUGGGUAUAAAGUAUUAUUGAGGAAAUGUGAAGCUCUCUUUUUGGGUGAAAUGAAGGGUGUCAAAAAUAUUCUUUACGAAUUAGAUUCGGAAGGUUUUCAAAGUUUGAAGCAUCUCACAGUUGAAGACAAUGACGAGAUUCAGUAUAUUAUCAAGUCUACGGGGGUUCUCGGUUCUGUCUUUCCUAUCUUGGAGUCAAUUAAUCUAAGCAAUGUGAUCAAUUUGGAACGGAUAUGCUACACUCAACUUCCAGCGGAGUCUUUUUGUAACUUGCGAGUGGUAAAAGUGAGUGAAUGUCGUAAUUUGGAAUUUGUCUUUUCCUCAUCUAUGGUUGGAUGCUUUUCACACCUCCAAGAAAUGGAGAUAGAUGAUUGUGAGAAAAUGAGCGAAAUAAUUGCGAUAGAAAGAAAAGAAGAAAUAGAGGUCAAUCGUGACGACAACAUUAUGUUCGCACAACUUCGUUCUCUCACUAUGAGCAAAUUACUAAAGUUGAAGGGCUUCUUUUCUGAUGAUGAAUAUCUUGUGCUUUUCAACAGAAAGGUUGUCUUUCCAAACUUGGAGGAAUUGGAAAUAGAGGGGAUGGAUAGCAUGAAGAUGAUUUGGCCUGACCAACUCAUUUUAGAUCCUCAAGGAAUAAUCACCUUUGGGAAAUUACGUACCAUAAAAAUUGAGGGUUGUUCCAGUCUAAAAAGUGUUUUUCCAACAUCUGUGGUGAAGGCCCUUAUGCAACUUGAGAAGCUAGAGAUAAGGGAUUGUGCAACAGUGGAGGAAAUCAUAGCAAAAGAAGAAGGAAUAGAGACAACCACUUUGUUUGUAUUCCCACGGUUAUUCUCUCUAAUUCUUGAAAGUUUGCCUGAGCUCAAGAGUUUUUAUCCAGGAAAGCAUACUUCAGAGUGGCCGUUGUUGAAACGGUUGGACAUUUAUGAAUGCGACAAAUUGAAAAUAUUUGGUUCCAAUAAGGAAAGCGUCGAAGAAACAAAUGGGCUGGACCAUGAUGUUAGUGUAAUUCAACAACGCUUCUUUUUCAGUGAAAAGGUUGUCUUUCCAAACUUGGAGGAAUUGGGAAUAGGGGGGAUGGAUAGCAUGAAGAUGAUUUGGCCUGACCAACUCAUUUUAGAUCCUCAAGGAAUAAUCACCUUUGGGAAAUUACGUACCAUAAAAAUUGAGGGUUGUUCCAGUCUAAAAAGUGUUUUUCCAACAUCUGUGGUGAAGGCCCUUAUGCAACUUGAGAAGCUAGAGAUAACGGAUUGUGCAACAGUGGAGGAAAUCAUAGCAAAAGAAGAAGGAAUAGAGACAACCACUUUGUUUGUAUUCCCACGGUUAUUCUUUCUAGAACUUGGAAGAUUGCCUGAGCUCAAGAGUUUUUAUCCAGGAAAGUAUACUUCAGAGUGGCCGUUGUUGAGACAGUUGGACAUUUAUGAAUGCGACAAAUUGAAAAUAUUUGGUUCCAAUAAGGAAAGCGUCGAAGAAACAAAUGGGCUGGACCAUGAUGUUAGUGUAAUUCAACAACGCUUCCUUUUCAGUGAAAAGGAUAAAUUCCCGAACUUGGAAAUAUUGUUAUUGGAUGAGGGCGAUGCCAUGAAUGAGACAUGUGGCGGACCGUCAGCAGAAUUCUGUUGCAACCUAAAAGAGCUGUGGUUGUACGGAAACGGUGAAAUUCCAAAUGUAGAGGCUCCAAUUGCAAGAGCAGGAGUAUCAGAUAUUCGCAUAUUAAAGAUUAUUGCGCCAUUCUCAUCCACAUCUUUCCACAACUUAAAGAAAUUCCAGAACUCUCGUGCAACUCCAAACUAUUGA